AUGCAAGAGAACUUCAACGCAAAAACACCCGAUCGUGAAGGUAUUGCCUAUUACUCGUAUGGUGCCACAGUGAACCCCCGAUUCUGGAGCAUGUUCCGUCAGAGUCACAGGAUCAUCCAGAGGCUGGAGGGUGAAAAUGAUGGAUUAGUAAGUGUCAAGAGUGCGAAAUGGGGCACUUACAAGGGCACGCUCAAAGAUGUCAGUCAUCUGGAUAUGAUCAACUGGACGAACAGGUUGCGUUGGUUCUUGUGGGAGUUGACCGGAAACAAGAGAAAGUGCGUUUUGAUUCAUGCUUUCCAAUUCGCUGGGAACGCCCGAGAUACUAACACAUCUGACUGCAGUUUCAACGCAAUUGCAUUCUACUUGGAUAUUGCUGGUCAGUCUCGGUGA